UUUGAGAGUUACCACUUGUUUCCCGGAUGGCUGCUCGAGCGCUUGCUCUGCUCUGCAGCUGAACCUUUCUCCUAUAUUUGUGACAAGCUUUGAUAUAUGGUGUUUUUGUUCGUAAGGGGGUUCUCCGAGAUGCUGCCGUGACGUAUGCGGCUCUCCGCCAAUCACAAUCCUCAGAUCAAACAUAACCGACCAGCACUUGUCAGUGAGGGAAAAAACCCACCGCGAAAUGCAGGUCCAUUUCCCAGCCGCGGUGAAAUAAACCGAAAGCGUUUUAUAUAGAGAGUCUUGUGCUCUUUUGAAGGAUUAAAACACCAUUUCUGCCUCCUGAACAUUUUCUAUUCAUCUCCUUUCGCGUUUCGUCUUAUUUUAAGGAUGUCUGUGGCGGGGUUUAAGAAGCAGCUGCACAAAGCGAGUCAGUUAUUGAGUGAGAAGAUAAGUGGUGCAGAAGGGACAAAGCUUGAUGAAGACUUCAUGGAAAUGGAGCGGAAAAUAGAAGUCACCAACAAGUCUGUUUUUGAACUAAUUACGAAAACCACAGAGUAUCUUCAGCCAAACCCAGCAUCAAGAGCCAAACUGGGAAUGCUCAACACCGUGUCUAAAAUCAGAGGGCAGGUGAAGACGACGGGCUAUCCGCAGACUGAAGGGCUUUUAGGAGACUGCAUGCUGCGAUAUGGACGGGAACUUGGGGAGGAGUCCACUUUCGGAGCUGCGCUGGUGGACAUUGGUGAAGCCAUGAAGCAGAUGGCUGAUAUUAAAGAUGCCCUUGAUAUCAAUGUGAAACAGAACUUCAUUGACCCACUUCAGACUCUACAAGACAAAGACCUCAAAGAGAUUGUGCAUCAUCUGAAGAAACUGGAGGGUCGACGGUUAGACUUUGACUACAAGAAGAAACGUCAAGGCAAGAUUCCUGAUGAGGAGAUCAAACAGGCUGUGGAGAAGUUUGAGGAAUCCAAAGAACUCGCUGAGAGGAGCAUGUUUAACUUUUUGGAGAAUGAUGUGGAGCAGGUGAGUCAGUUAUCAGCUCUGAUUGAGGCAGGGCUGGAUUACCAUCGACAGUCCUUGGAGAUCCUGAAGGAGCUCGACAGCAAACUACAGAACAGGAUAUCCACUGCAAGCAGUCGGCCCAAAAAAGAGUUCAAGCCAAAGUCGAUCGUGUCCAGUUUGGAGACCGUCGAAAACACGCAGCACAAUGGACAUACCCACACCUCAUCAGUCAAAAGCACAGAUAUCCAAGUCAACCACACUGUAAAUGGAAAAAUUGAUGAGUUCACACACACAGCACCCAUGACUCUAUCAUGGCCUGAGAGCUCCAAUGGUGAUAGCAAACAAAUCGAGUCACACUUGGACCAGCCCUGCUGUCGAUCGCUCUACGACUUUGAGCCGGAGAACGAGGGCGAGCUGGGUUUCAAAGAGGGCGACAUCAUCAUCCUCACCAAUCAGAUCGAUGAGAACUGGUAUGAAGGCAUGAUUAACGGCGAAUCGGGCUUCUUCCCCAUAAACUACGUUGAGGUCCUAGUGCCCCUGCCUCAAUGAGCUGAGCCAACAGCCUCGGGUCACUGCACACCAAACCAGACUGUCUGAACCGUCCACUCACCCAACAUCCUGCAUUCUCACCAAUGAAAGCCUUGCGUUUGUCCACAGACAUUUUUGAACCUUUUACAUUUCAGUAUUUAUUUAUCUUAUUACGUUUUUCAGGCCUCAUGGUGCAACAUCUAGAUUUUUACACUGCAAAAAAAUUAUUUUUAAUCAGUGUUUUUGCUUUGUUCUUUAGUAAAAAAUAUCUAAACAUGGUUAAAUCUAACCAAUUUUAAUAUUUGUUUUAUUUUAUUAUUAUUUAUAAAAUAGAUAUGUAUCUCUUAAAUUGGCAAAUUGGUUUAUACCUAAAACUAGAAAAACAAAAAUACAGGUGGCCAAAAUGACAAUUGGAAAAACAUACUGAUAUUAUGAAAUACUGAUUUAGAAUUUUAUUUUAUUUUUUUGCAGUGUAAUUUUAUUUCAGCUUCAACGCAGCAUUUACCUUAUUCAUUUGAAAAUGUGAUGCAUCCAAUGGGGUGGAUUUGACUUUCGCUGUCUAGGUAUAUUUUUCUUUUGCUCUGAUAUGGGAUUUACCUGCCUGCGGUGGUCUUAUGUGUUUUUUGAAACACAAUUUUUCUAUAAACUGUGACUCUCUUUGACUGCUACUCUUAUGAAUGUCCUCUUUCUCUCUCUGUCUGUCUCCGUUUACAGACUUAUUGUGAUCUUAGGAAUCAUAGUAAGUAUUGCAGGUGUUUUUAAGUGGGUUUCGCUCUCUCGCGCCUUCAAGUGCUUUUUUUGAACGGUGGUUGUAUUGCACUAAAGCUUUAGAAUAACACACCCAUUGAUGUGCACAUUUUAUUUUUGUGUUUCGUUUUUUGGUUUUAGGACAUUGCACUUUCUACUGUAUAUCUUUCUGCCAUGCCGAGAAAUACAAAAUUUUAUCAGUCUUAUCUUAUGGAGUGCUAAAAAGUAUAAAUAUAUAUUGAUAUGGUUCACAACUUCGUACUGUAUGUAACAAGAACUUUUUGCAAACCUAUGUGGUUUGUUUGACCGAUGUCAUCCUCUGAAUGACAUUUUAAAAUUUGAAGAUGUUAAUGAAACAUUCUCUAGUCGAACCGUCCUAUGCUUAUCAGUGGCAGUGGGCAUCUUUCUAAUUCGGACUAAUUUAGUUUUAACUGACAAAAUUGUGUCUCUGUUUUGUCCCGCAAAAAUAGACUGUAUUCCAGUAAUGUCAAACAUUAUUUUUGUUACUCUGAGCCGUAUGUUUUUUGUGCAUGAAAUUGAACUUUGAACGACUGUUUUUGUUUCAGAUCAUUCCCUUUUUGACUUGUCAUUCCCUGUUGUAAUUUUUUUUUAUUUUAUUUUUGGCGAAAUUAAGCAGUCAGAGAGCAAAAAGGGAAAAAGUUGUUUGACACAAAUGAUGCCUAAAACUGCAACAUGUAAAUUCUGUGCUACUAACAGCACCGAACUGAGUUGCCAAAAGUGCUGUAUUUUUGCAUUCUCUGAAGAAAAUGUUAGUGGUGAAAGAAAUUUCCUCUCAGCUGUUGCAAUAGAUUAGAUAGGGAGCCUUCCAAAAAUAAUUUACAAUUAUUUUUUUAAUUAAUUAACAACAGGUUCAAACCAUGCAGUUCAAUCUAUCAACUAUUUAAACUAUUACUAAAAUAUCUCCUGUUUUACUGUACUGUAGAUUUAGCAGCAGUUGCUGAAAAAUCAGUGCAGGAAAUAGUGGCGCAGAGUAAACAGAUCAAGGAAUUUUGGAAUGGAUCUCAGAUCUUUUGGAUCUUACAAUUUUAAAAAUCAUUAUAGAGAUUGUUUAGAUAUUUUUAUUCAGCAUUAUUUUUUAUAAACAUUUACCUAACACUCCAAUUUUCAUUGUUUGGAAAAACAUGUAGUUUUGCCCCAAACCCACGCCACUGGUUGAGCUAAACGUUCAUUAUUCAGACCACUCAAACAAACUGUUUUAAAAGUACCACAGAGUUUACUAUCCUCAGGAAGUUAGCAUAUUUACAUACAGUACACUACCAUUCAAAAGUUUGGGGUCACUAAAUGUUUUAUUAUUAUUAUUAUUAUUUGAAAGAAAUGAAGAGUUUAAUUCUGUAGAAACGUUAAAUUCACCAGAAGUGACAGUAAAGACAAUUGUUAAAAAAUAUAUUUUUUUAAAUAAUUGUUCUUUUGAAAAGUAUCAUGGAGCAGCACAACUGUUUUCAACAUUACUAAUAAUAAGAAAUGUUUCUUGUACAGCAAAUCAGCAUAUUAGAAUGAUUUCUGAAGGAUCAUAAGACACUGAAGAAAUUCAAUUUUGAUCACAGGAAUAAAUUACAUUUUAAAAUAUAUUAACAUAGAAAACUGUUUAAAUUGUAAUAAUAUUUAACAAUUUUAUAGACUAUAAAACGUACUGUUUUUAUUGUAUCUCUAAUAAAAUUAAUGUGAUCUUGGUGAAUUUAAGAGACCUCUUUCAAAAAUAUUUAAAACCCCAAACUUUCGUUUUGAAUGGUAUAAUGUCAAAUUAUCUCUACAAAAAAUACUGGGAUAUGAUGAAACGUUUUAACAUUUGAAAAAAAUACACACGGCAGCUUUAAAUUCAAAAGUUAAGAGAUUAUAUGUAAUGUUCUAGUAAAAAGACAGAUCUGAUUCUCAGAAAGAGUAUUUAUGACUACUAUUCUAGAGGUCUACUAUUAUUAUGAAAAUUAGAAAUUGCUCAACUCGAAAGAAAAUGUUGCUUCCCCAUUAUCUCGAUCUCAGACUUUAGAUGUAGAAUAGCUCUUCGCUUCCAAACACUAUUACUAACUCCUGCACCAAUUUUAGUGUUCUUACAAAACUUCUACUCAAAUGUUCAUCACUACAUCACUGAGUGAAAGGAAAGGCUGUGAAUUUUCUUUUUGCUCUCUGGCAUAAUUUAUACACAAAGUGGUUUAUAGAUGUUGUAAAUGAAUAUAUUAUUACACACUGUAUAUUGCAUAAAUAAACAACGUGGAAAUAUUGAUAACA